CAGUUCAUUGCCAUGUUUUAAUUCUGAAACUCAAAGCUGGUUUCUCUGUUUUGGUCACAUGGUUUCCAUCAGAAACAUAACUAUUGCUCCACCAGGAUAAUAAAUACCCUCUUGUCUUUGUGAUCCCACGUCAUCUUUUCAAAUUCAAAAAUCUUCAUUUUCAAUCCGGAAGAUUCAUUUUUAGGAGAUAAAUGGAAAACGGGUUUUAUUCAGAUUGGAAAGAUACUUCUUCUUCUUCAUUGUUUGGAUCAGAGAACAUGGAGGAGGAGUUGGAAGAUGGAGUUCUCAGAGCUGAAGAGCUUUUCUCAUCCAUUCCUCAGCCUCAGACACCAAAAGAGCCUAUGGAGUUUCUUUCAAGAUCCUGGAGUCUCUCUACUUCUGAAAUCUCCAAAGCACUUGCACUCAAACAUAGACAACAGCAGGAACAGUUUUGUGUUGGCCAGAACAGUCCUCCUGUUUUGUUCCCUGUUGCUGCUGCAGAUCCAUUCGUGGCUGGGAAGAUUAUGAACUCGGUUGGCACACGCAGAGCAGGGACAUUAUCCAGAUGGUUUCACCACCCCAAGGAACACAGCAGCAGCAGCACAAUCACCAAUCCCAAGAAAAAAGACAAGGUGCGCGUUGAGAACGCUCAUGUGCAUUCUGCAGUGUCGAUAGCGGCUCUGGCUGCAGGUUUAGCCUCUGUCACAUCUGCAAGCAAUUGCAAAGGGUCAGGCUCUAAGAUGGCAUUGGCUUUAGCCUCAGCCACUGAACUGUUAGCCUCACACUGUUUUGAGAUGGCUGAGCAAGCCGGUGCUGACCGUGCACGUGUUACUUCCACAGUAAGAUCUUCUGUGGAUAUACACAGCCCUGGUGAUCUCAUGACUCUAACAGCCGCUGCUGCAACUGCUUUGAGAGGAGAAGCGGCUCUGAAGGCAAGGCAGCCAAAGGAAGCAAGGAAAAAUGCAGCUAUUACCCCUUUUGAAAGAAGCUUCUCUGACUCUCAUUGGCCUGCAAAUUUUCAAUGUAGAUUGGAAGAACCAAAUAUUCCAUUUGAAGGCGAACUGAUGCAAUGUGCGCGAAAUGGAGUGCAGCGAACUAAGCGUGUCUGCGUCUAUAUCAACAAGAAGUCUCAGGUAAUGAUCAAACUCAAAAGCAAACAUGUUGGAGGGGCAUUCUCCAAGAAGAUCAAAUGCGUUGUCUAUGGAGUCUGCGAUGAGAAAUCAGCUUGGCCUUACAGGAAAGAGAGGGAAAAUUCAGAAGAAGUCUACUUCGGUCUGAAAACCGGACAAGGUCUUUUGGAGUUCAAGUGCAAGAGCAAGAUUCACAAGCAGAGAUGGGUUGAUGGGGUUCAGUCUCUACUUCGCCAAGUAAAUUGCUUUGAGGCUGCCAAAUGCUCGCUGGGAUCUCUGAGUCUCACCGGUCACACGUGAUGAAGGAUCCUGUGUAUAUAUGAU